CCCUAGGGAAAAAACAGGAAAAAGUGAACUUAUAUUUGUUCAGUUGAUUGUGAAAAUUGUUUUGAGUUUAUUUUGAUCAAAUCGGUCUAUAAACCUUCAGGAGUUAACGAGUUCCAGAGAUAUGGAAGUUGCAGGCGAAGAAGAACGAGACGGUCUGUCCGUUCAUUCUCCAGGACAAGCUCUACCUUCUUCAGCUUCUUCUCUUCCCAAGGAGCAAUCGCAGGUUGAAUUGGAACUGAGAUUGUUGGAAGCUCUCGAAAUAUAUCCUGUAGUCAAACUACAAGGUAUUCACCGCCACUUUGUCCUUUAUGGUCUGAUGGAAUUUUUGAGGAGAAGUUUUGAUCGCCACUUUUCACCUGAUGAGGUUUUGCAGUUGCUGGAUCGAUUCUACAACUUAGAGACACUGCCCAGAAGGGAUCCUACCUGUACAACCUGGUUGCCGAAACUUGCGUGGAUUGUGUGAUAAUUCCCUGAAACCCCUUAUUGCGCCAGAAACCAGACAAUGAGGAGGGAGAGCUCUUGAAUCAAGAAGAAGAUUUUUCCUUACCACAAAGUUUCUUUGGCAAAGAAGACUCAUAAUCCGGAGCUUUUUGGUAUAUAUACAUGUUUCUCUUCAGCUUGUACAGCCUCUCCUCUGUGGUAGUAGUCAAUAUUUUUUGGAUGCUGUUUUAUUCAUUUCAGUAGAAUAUUAGUCUGCUGGAUGUCUAUUUGAGUUGACUUUAUGAAGCCUCGUCGAGAGGAAAAGAAAUUAGAUCUCAAUGUACAUAGGGUGUAUCUAGGACACUUUCCUGGCCGUGAUUUUGUCACGGAUCUUGCUCAGAAGCAGGUGGUGUGGCACUAAUGCUAAGGUAUUUUUGCGUAUACCUGUAUUGUAGGCUGUAGCUGGUGAGAGCAUUUUAUUGCUUGAUUAAACAGCUCCUUCACAACUGAUAAUAAUGGUGGAAUAACUGACUUCUUGAACUCUUUAGAAUAAGAGUGGUGUUUUCA